UCAACUUAUAUUGCACGUGUGUGUCACAAACCGAACCGUGAGUAGUCGUCACUACACGUCUUUUAUAAAAUAAAACCGGAGCAUGUUAUUCAGCAAUUGCGACAAUGUCUUCAAGUGAUUUGUAUGUGUAUGGUGAUCGGAAUAUACAAGUUCCAGCGCAUUUACACUUUGGCAAAUAUUUGCUAGAUCGUCUGAGAAAUGUAAAGGACACCGAUGCAUUGAUAAAUGCGGACAGCGGAGAACGGAUUACAUACAAGGAGCUCACACAACGUGCCGUGAACCUGGCGAGCGAGCUGAUGAAGUUAGGGGUCAGGAGAGGGGACAUUGUCGCACUGGGCACAGAAAAGCGCAACGAAAUUGCUCCGACUGUGCUGGCUGUACUAUUGACGGGGGCUGCUUAUACUGCUUAUGAUGUACAGAUUGGCAAAUCCUCAUUGAAACACAAGUUGUCAGUUGCUCGUCCAAAUUAUUUUAUACAUUCCAAACUAUUUUGGGAGAGAUACAACGAUGUUUUAUUAACAUCUGAUAACAUUGAAAACUGGAUGACUUUCGACGAUGGAUUACAAAAUGCUUCUUGUAUAGAAACGCUUAUGAAUAGUCAUGUUGAUAUUGAAUACUUUGAACCUACUGACGUAAAAGGACAGACUGAUGUAGCGUUAAUAUUGUACUCCUCGGGAACUACGGGACUACCGAAAGGAGUGCGUUUGACGCAUUUAAACUGUAUUCUAAACAGUACGCCUUACAACCUGGAUUAUGGAACGAUGCAGAGAUUCUACACUUGUGGGGAAUGGUACCACAAUUACGAUACUUUCUCAAUGUACAAAUAUAUAAGUCUCGGAAAAACUAUUGUGUAUCUCACAAAUAUCAAACCCGAAAAUUUGGUGAAAUGUAUAAAACAAUAUAAGAUUGAUAUGGCAAUGAUAUUGCCAAUCCUUAUUUAUGGAUUGUGUAAAGUUGACGAUACAGACUAUCAUUUGGAAUCUUUGAAACUAAUUUAUAGCCGAUCAGCACCUCUACAUUAUAGAACCAUCGAAAAUGUCAAACAAAGAUUCCCAAACUUGCAAGAAGUAUUCCAAGGUUAUGGAAUGACGGAAUGCGGGGAGCUAACUUCAGAAAAUUGGGGCACAAAAGGACCAAAGCCUGGCAGUGUCGGUAUGGCUUCACCUGGGAUUGUUUUAAAGGUUACAGAUCCCAAUACUGGAAGGACACUUGGCCCAAAUGAAAGGGGUGAAAUACGCGCCAAAGGUCCCGUACUUAUGAAAGGCUACAUCGGAAUCGACCCUUCCACGUACUUGGAUGAGGAUGGCUUCCUUAAAACUGGCGAUCUGGGAUACUAUGAUGACGACAGAUACUUUUAUAUCGUUGAUAGAAUAAAAGAAAUUCUAUGUUACGAUGGUGACCAGGUCCCGCCGUUAGAAUUAGAAACAAUACUACAGUUGCACCCAGAUGUACUUGAAGUUGGUGUUGUCGGUAAACACAGUGAAGAGCAUGGUGAUAUACCUACAGCAUUUGUCGUAACAGUGCCUGGCUCUAAAGUCACUGAACAGGAAUUGAUCAAUUAUGUGGCUGGUGAGGUUCCGCCAUUUAUGCAACUGGCGGGUGGGGUGAAAUUCAUCACAAAACUGCCAAGAAAUCCCCGGGGGAAAAUUCUACGCCGUGAAUUAAGGGAAAUACUGAACAAUUGAAGGAAAUUAGUUUUUUUCCUUGAUUCAUAUACGCGACAUGAAACUCAGAUUUUUCACUUACGGAAUGCAAAUGUUUUAUUUGUCGCGAUGGGAUAUAUAUGUCUACUUAUGUAAU